AUGACGACAAUUCACAAGUUCGAAGUGCGCGAGCAGGCGAUCAGCAGCAUCACAAUUCUGAGUGAUCGAGCUGAAGUGAAUAGACUUGUCAAGGUUACCCUGGAAGAAGGAAUCAAUGAAGUGCAACUGAAAGUGAGUUGAGAUCAUCUAACCUUCUUUAAUCCCAACCAUUUAGAACUUCUCCAAUUCUCUUCAACAUGACUCGGUUCGUGUGGAAGGACGUGGAAAGGCGACGAUUUGUGAUGUGGCGGAGAAGGAUGUGCCAGCGCUUCACUCGGAAACUGACUCCCCAAAGGUGGAAAAGCUGAGAAAGGAGUUGGACGAACAUGAUGCCAUCCGAAAGAAGCAGGAAGAUCAGAUAGAUGUGCUGAAAAAGAGAAUCGAAGGGCUGGAUCGUACGGUCACGGAAAUCGGAAAAGGAGUCAUGAACCCUCCGAAAGAAGCGGGAGCUGUUGUGAUAGACGAGAAUCUUCUGGAAGGCAUUCAGAAACUGUUCGCGUUCCAUGAAUCCGAAGCUGGGUCACUAAGAGAACAAUUGAGAGAGAAAGAAAAGGAACUGGAGAAGACGAUUGAGGUGACCAACAAAAUUCGCUCCGAGCUAGACAAAAUCACUGCCAACCAGAACAGACACUCUCAGUGAGCACUUUUCUGUUUGGAUAGCCUUCAAUUAUAAUCUUUCCAGCAACGUUAUCAUCACUCUCGAGGCCGCGGAAGAGGGAGAAGUCGAGUUGGAUGUGACGUACCAAGUGUUCCGUGCGGGCUGGGCACCCUCUUAUGACAUCCGAGUGGAUACGGAGAAGCCGACGAUGACGAUCACCUACUACGGGAAGAUCUACAAUCGGAGCGGCGAGGACUGGAAUGAGUUCUCCGCUGUUCUCUCCACCGCUCAACCCGCGCUCGGAGGACACAUUCCGGAGCUCGGAACUCUCGAUGCGGCCUUCUUCAGACCCACAGAGAGACGCAGUCAACCGAAGAAAAUGAUGAUGAUGAGAAGGGGAGAUGUACGAGGUGAAGGAGUUAAUCGGAGUUUGGAGCUGGAAGAUGGACAGUCUUUGGAAGAACGGAUGGCAGUUCCAACAAUGGAAGUCAGCCAGAACGCACUGAGCACCGAGUUCAAGAUCACGAGAAAGACGAGCAUUCCGGAUGGAACUGACGAUCACAAAGUGACAAUCGGAGAGGCUGUUUUCACGCCGACGAUCGUGCACGAGAGUGUUCCGUCGAAAAACGCGGCCGCUUUCCUAACUGCUUCUGCCGUAAACUCCUCCUCAUUCCCGUUCAUCCAUGGACAGACUUCUGUAUUCCUCGACAAUGCAUUCGUUGCAAAGGUAUCUAAUCAGAAUAUAUUUUCUCAACUCCUCACUAUUCUCCUUUUUCCAGAGUAGCCUCAAGGACGUGUCGCCUGGAGAAAGAUUCACCUGCUCGCUGGGUGUUGACACUGGCAUCCGUGUGGAGUAUAAGGCGGCGAAGAAGUUCCACGAGGAAGGAGGAUAUAUCACGAAGCACUCGGCAGCCAUCACAGAACAACACAUUUCCGUGAAGAACACGAGAAGCGAGCGGCCAAUUCUGCUGACUGUCAAGCAUCACGUGCCACGUAGCACCGACGAGAAGAUCCGCGUGAAGCUGAUUCAUCCGGUUGCUGCUCCGUACGAUUCGGCGGCGACGGCAGAGAACGAGACAGCCGAACCGAAGGAAGGCGUCCGUUUGAACAAGGAGAACAACUUGGAAUGGACGAUGAGAUUGGCGCCGAACACUACGAAAGACCUGGUUGUCAAAUGGGUGGUCGAGCAUCCGAAGGGACAGAAAAUCGACUUGAAGGAACAGUUUUAA